AUGAACGCUGGAGGAGACGAACAACGUUGGCGUCAGCGGGGCCAACAACCGGCGCAACGAUCGCAGGGCGGUGGGCAGCGAAGGAACAACAAUCCCGGGGGGAACCCAAACAGCAACGGGAAUGUCUGGCAGGGCCCAAAUCAGCAGCAGCAGCAGCACCAACAUCAGCAGCAACAACAGCAACAGGCAGCACAAGCUUACAUUGAUGCUCACGUGCCCGUUAGAGGGUUCAAUGGGAAGGAAGUGGAGGAUUUUCUGUUUCGUGCUUAUGAGAAGGAAAUGCAGGCGGCAAAGAAUACGGGUGUUGAUCAAAGCCAAAAACCUAUGAUUUAUAAGUCUGACAAGGACAAAGGCUGGUCGACACCAAAGAAUGCUUGGGGAACUCGAGCCAAUGCGAUGGCUUCCGGCGGCAACUUUUUGACUCAGCUCAAAAAGAGCCAAGCAGCUUUGCAGAACACCCCAAGGGAUUAA